AUGCUAAAAGGACGAGAAGAAGAAGCGAAGCCCAGAAGAAGUCUGGCACUAAAAUCUUCUCAUCAAGAAAAUUGCCCUCGUCUUAAGAAGGUAGGAAAGAAAUUCAAGAGAAAAGCGUUGAAGGUGACUUGGGAUGAUUCUGAAGAAAGCGAAUCAGAACAAGAGGAGAGCGACAAUGAGAUGGCCAACUUUUGCCUCAUGGCAAAAGAAUAUGAGGCCUACCCUUUAAGCUCUCCUUUAUUCCCUUUGCUGAAUGAGUAUGACCAAAAUGCCCUCGACCCAACUCUUUCCCUAGCUCGAACCAAACCCCAAAGUCCUUCGCCUGACAUCUCCGCCAGAGAUCGCCAUGAUCGGAACACCGACUCUGCAACCCUUCCGCAGAGACUGCCGCAACAUUACCAAUAUCUUCCAACUCCGUCUCCGGCGAUACCCGCUCCGGGAAGGCCACGCCGGCACACUCCUCAGCCAGCCCCAGCCCCAGCCCCAGCCCCUUACCAAUAUCCUCCAACUCCGUCUCCGGCGAUACCCCCUCCGGGAAGUCCACGCUGGCACUCUCCUCUGCAACCCUUUCCCGAGCCCACUCCCAUGAUUGAGGAUAUGGUAUACGUUGCUGUGGGAAAAGAAGUGAAAGAGUGCAGAUUAAUCCUGUUGUGGGCUUUACAGAAUUCUAGAGGAAAGCAAAUUUGCAUCCUUCACGUUCAUCAACCUGCACAGCUCAUCCCCUUUAAGGUCAGGCGAAGAACUUUGGUGUUCGAGCUUGGGAAAGAGGUGGGUCGAGGGCACUUUGGUCAUACCUGUUCUACAAAAGGCAAUAAAGGAGAAUUAAAGAGUAGGCUAUGGCAUUUUCUACCAUAG